AUGUUAUCAGAAGACGGUUGCUGCCGAGUUUUUGAUAUCGAUGCUAAUGGAUAUGGACGAUCUGAUGGGUGUGUUGUAAUGAUGAUAGAAGGUGUUCCGUUAGAAAAUUUGGAGAGAAAGCCUCAUUGGGGGGCAGUUGAAUGUGGACAUGAUGGCCGUAGCGCAGCCUUGACUGCUCCAAACGGCUUAUCUCAACAACAAUUACUUGCUAGAUGCCUUGAACAACUCAAUAUAGAAAAGAGACGCUCUCUUCGCUGUUGGGAGUGCCAUGGGACUGGAACGGCACUUGGCGAUCCUGUGGAGUUCUUAGCGUUGGCCAAGUCUUUAAAUUCUUGUGGAUUGACUAAAGGUGUCUGGCUUGGGACUGCAAAAGCAAAUAUUGGGCAUACGGAGGCAGCUUCUGGUCUUGCUGUGCUACAAUUAAGAAAUGCUGAAAUGCCUCCUUUACCUAAUUUUAAAAGAAUGAAUCCUGAAAUUGUUCGAGGAAUGGAGGCUAAUGGAUGGGGAAUUUAUGAGGAUGAUAAUUGGCCUGUUCGCCUAGCUGUUAAAAGAUCUGGUAGAAUAUUGAAUGAAGGAGAAGAUAAAGUAAGGAUUUUGUUUGGGGUAGAGGCUUUACUGAACCUAUAUGUGUUAAAAUGUAGAAAAAAUAUGGUUGUAUGGGGACGACACACACUGCUAACCGGUGUAAGCUCCUUUGGAGUGUCUGGAACAAUUGCUUGUGCUAUUAUUUCAUUAGAUCGGUCAAUAAAAACAAAACAAAUUCAACAAUUACAUUAUCAACUAAAUCAGCAUUGCUCUAAUAAAUGGCAGAGAAUAUUACCCUUAUCCGCUCAUUCAGAAAAUUCAAUGAAAAAAUUUUUGGAAAAAUAUUUAAAAUUUUUGAAGAAUGAAAAGGAAUGGAAUUUUAAUAAAAUUUGUGUGGCAGCAAGUUAUUUAAGAGGGAAAAAUGUUAAAAACCCUCCCUUGAAUGUGAGAGCUGUUAUAAUCCUUCCAGAAGUGGAUGGGUCUAGUGAAGUAUUGGAGGAGGAACCUAUUAUUGUCAGAAAGGACGCCCUCACAUCCAUCAAUUAUCGUCUUGGUUUAUGGCCUAAAAUUGCUUGGACAUUGUAUGAGCAAGUGCCAGCCUACAAGGAAGCUUUAGAAUUAAUUCUAAAUAAAUUGGGAAUAAAUAAACAAUUAAAAGAAAUUAAUAAUCCUUCUAUAAUUAAAUUGGUUGAUGCUUUUGGACGUUUUAAGAUGUUAAAAGAAUUUGGAAUAAUUAAAGAAGAAGAUGAGAUAAUUAAUAAAAAUAAUAAUUUGGCAAUUAACUUAUUUAGAAAAUUAAUUUGGGCGAAAGAAGAAAAUGAAUUGACAAGAGAUAAAAUUAUUAAGUGUAUUGAGGAAAUUAAAAAGAAGAGUAAUAUUGAAGAGGAAUAUGCAACCACCAAACAAACCAACAGACCAUCAGCUUCAUCAAACAAAUUAAUUAUUGGGCCAACCCAAUCAAAUCCAGCAUAUUCAUUUGCCUCAAUAGAAACCCCCUCAGAUCUACAACACUUAAUAGCUUUCAGUUUUUGUAUUGGAAAAGAAAUAAAUUGGCCAAAAAUUUACCAAAUCCCAACAAAAUACUUGCCUCUAUUAAAUUUAAUUAAUUUACCAAAAUAUUCGUUUGACCGACAAAAACGUUUUUGGACUUUAAAAGAUGAUUUUGAAUUAAAUAAGGAUAAUGGAUGCCAUCCUCUUUUGGGAAAUUGUGUUAAUCGAGGGAAUGAUUUUGUUAAAUUUGAAUCUCUUUUGUGUGAGAAAAGAAUGCCUUGGCUGAUUUUUAAUCCAUCAAAAAACUCUUCAAAGGACUGUCACCUUGUCGGGUUAUUAAUUGAAUUAUUAACAGCUAUAGGCUAUCUAAAUUUAAAAUUGGAAUGUUUCUCAAUCCAAAUUGAAGAAAUUUGUCUUAACGAAUUUUUAAAUAAAAAAGAAAAGCAAUGGAUAAUUACAGAAAUUUUAAAUUCCAAAAAAAUAAAAAUAUUUGGAGAAGAAAAAAAUAAAAAGAAAAAAUUAAUUUGUUUGGCAAAAAUAAAAGAAAUUGAAAAAAAUUUAAAUUUAAAUAAAGAAGAUAAAUUUUUAAAAGAAGAAUGUUUAAAUUGUGACGAAGUUGAGAAGGAAUUUUUAUUAUUUAGUCCAAAAUUUGUGGAGAAUGUUUUGUUUGAAGUAAGUGUCUUUUGGGGGAUUUGGAGGCUAAGUAAAGGUUUACAUUAG